GUUUUUGCUGAAGUAUUUUGCAUGGGCAUUUGACAUUAAGUUUAACUUUCACAAAAUUCCUUAAAUGUUCUCUUCCAUAACCCCUUCAUAGUGCAUACAGUGGAUGCUCAGCAUUUUUUCCAAACCCCAGCUGAGAUAAUUAAAUUCCGACUAUUCUUAAAUCAUGCUGAAUAUUUAUGAUGAGAACGUUGAAAACAACUCAUUUGUGUAAUGUUGAUUUAUGAGGUAGACGGAAACAAAACCGAUGACGAUUCUUGAAGAUUGAAGAAAUUUUUGGUUGAUGAUAAGAAUGACUACGAUUAUCACGGUGCAAAAGCAGAAGCUAGAGCUUAAUGUUUUUGAUGGCCUUGCACUCAUUGUCAAACUGUUGGAAACAAUAUGAAACAAUGAAUCUGAAUUGAAUAAUCAAACAGACGCGAGUGCAAAACAUUUGGAUGGCAAAGCUGAGACUUUGGUAUAGUCAUGCUACGUCAUCCCAGCUGAUCAAAAUGCCCGAUUGAGGUCCUCAGUUCUCGUAUUGAAGACCAAAAAGAUAACAUGAAGGAUUGUUUGCCAUGUCUUUCAGCCUCCGAUGACCCGACCGAUUUUUUGAAAAAAUUGCAAAACUUGACAUUUUUGUGAAUUUUGCAAAUGAGAUUGAAGAUGCAUGACACAAGAGACAUUGCUUUUUAAAAUAUAUAAAUUUUCUCCAACGUUUACAGAUUUUUUUUACAUAAAGGGAUGUAUAAAUUUUUGCCAGCCGAUGUAUCUUAUGUGCAAGAUCAAAGAGAACAGAAAAAGGAAUUUUAUCUACUGCCUUUUGUUUAAUAAAAUCUGUAUCAAACGCCUUAUCGAUGGAAUAACGGCAAAGAACUUGGCUUUGAUCUUUUUCAUUUAGCCAAGUGAAAUUGACAAACAUGCAUUUUUGAUUGCAGAUUUACUGAGUCUCGGUAAAUUUACACAAUAAAUGGCAUUAAUCAACUACAAUGAAGAACUUGAAUCCAAAGAAUUGCAAAAAAAAUUUGAACGCCUGCCUUUAACAAAAAGUUCAUCAAAAGAUGACAUUGCAGCAGAAGCAAAAAGGUCCUUUAAACCACGACGUUAUGUAGCAAUAAAGAUAUUUAAGAAACGUUAUCCUAAAGAAAGGAUAAAGACAACGAAACCACCACAUCGUACAGAAGGAAUAAAGACGUCGAAACCACCACAUCGUACAGAGCGCCCUUCCAAAGACUUUGCAUCUGCGCCUGGAGGAAAGCCUACAGAAAGUUACAAACCUCAAAACGAUGCAGAAGCUACUUUCAAGGAUGACGAAUUGUCGAAACCGUGGAAAUGUAUUGAUAAAUCAAAAAUGCACGAGGAAAUGCUCAGAAAAUUGGAGAAAUAUUGGCGGGAAAAUCCAACAAAGUUUAAAUUUGUUAAUGGUGUUCUUGUAAUUUUCUCAGAAGAGUUUUUACUUGGCAAAGGAAGUGACGGAGCCCGUGUCUAUCUUGCAUUGGGAAAAGACGGUUACGGAAAAGCUGUUAAACGACUUCUUCAAGAUAGUUGCACAGAGUUAGCCAAACAAGAAAAAGAUAUUUUGAUUGAGUUUAAUGCAAAGCGUUCAAAUUAUGUUGUGAGUUGGUACCUUGAAGAAGAAUCAGGCGCAGAAUAUACCCAUUUGGUAUUAGAUUUAUGUGAAGAAUCGUUGGAGAGUUUUGUGGAAUCUUCUACAUUUGAUGAUCUUCAAAAAGCACUUCCUACAAUUCUUAAGCAGAUUUUAAAAGGUUUAGCUGAUCUUCACAGUGGUCCGUGUCCUAUUCUUCAUCGGGAUUUGAGACCAUCAAACGUUCUUCGCGAUGUACAAGGAAAUUUUUUAAUUGCUGACUUUGGUAUAAGUCGAAUAUUAUCUGAUGAAACUUCGACACAUCGGAGCAUACAAAGAGGAGCUAAAAAUUGGAUAGCUCCAGAGUCAUAUGACGCAUGUGAUGCAUCAAUUGAUAAAGCUCGUUACAAUAAACAGUCUGAUGUUAUGAAUGCCGGAAUGGUGGCUUAUUAUGUUGCAACAAAGGGAAAACAUCCUUUUGGACAUGAACGGCUUAGACUGGACAACAUUUUGAAAGGAAACCCAGUUGGCUUGGACGAAAUCGAGGAUGCCACGCUCAAAGACCUUUUAUCGUGGAUGCUACAGCUAAAACCAGAAGACAGGCCAUUAGCCAACGAAGCAUUGAAACAUCCUUUUCUUAUGUCGGAUGACGUAAAGUUUGAAAUGUUAUGUAAAGUUGGGAACCAACGACCGAUUAAAAUAAAUGAUGUCAAUUCAAGUGUCGUUCAACAUUUGAAUAGCGAACCCUCCGAUUGGAAAAGUCGCAUACAUCAUGAUGCCUAUGAUUAUUUUUGUACUGAUAAGGUGAGUGGGAAGAUUGUUAAAUAUGGGCCUUCAUGGACAGAUUGCUUAAGAUUUAUUCGAAAUUGUUGCCUGCACUGGUAUGAUAAACCACGGCCAACACCACAACCUGAACCACUUGAAAAGAUUGGCGAUCCAAAGGAGUACUUUCUUGAAACAUUUCCAAAUCUUCCUGUUUUGGUGCAUGCGGCUGUCAGAUCAAAUAAUGAAUGGAAAAACAAACCAGAACUCAAAACCUUUUUCAUUUUUCAUUGAAGUAUCAAGAAUCAAUAUAUAAACAUUUUACAGACCGCAAAUUAUGUUUGAGAAAUAUUUUUACAGAUGUAAAAUAAAAACACUCUUCAUCAUUAAGUAAUGCAUUAUAUAACAUUAAUUGUAAUAAACUUUUUAGAUUUUGGCAUGGUUAUAAUUUUGGUAAUUAGAUUUAAGGAUGAAGGACUAUAACAAUUAAAGUCGACAUUGGUCUUCACUAAUAUCAUUGACCAAGGACAAGACCACUACAAGAACUAUUUUAUAAGAUUGGCAAGCCAAAGGAGUGUUUAUUCUCAAGUCAAAUGACGACUUGAAACAAAGCAAAACAUGAACUUGAUGAUGAUGUAAUUGAGGAAAUAACGAAGAAAUAAUACGUUGAGAAUAACUGUUAUUAUAUUUUGGUUAUAUUUGGUAUCUCGAUUGCUCAUUAGUGCAUUGUAAUCGAUAAUUUAUGGCAAUUAUUUAUUGUUGAUUGAACUGAGUAGUAUAGUUAUCAUUGUGACAAUGAAUCUGAACGCAUAAUACUUUUCAAUGUGUAUUAAAUACAUCGAAAUAUUUGCAUUAUGUAAAAA